AUGUCAAACGUAGCUCCUAGGACCAAUUAUGUAGAUCGACGUCCUGUCUCAACUACUUGUACACUUGCAUUGUCUUCUUCUCCGACAAUAUCGUGUCUUCCUGGGCUCUACACAGCUCGCCAUCGCAUCACACAAGAGCUCGUGGCUCUUAGAGUGCUCGACCGCCAUCUGCUGCGCCAGCGCGCCAUACGUCGGCGACUCCGUCAAGAAAUUCACGUGCUUCAGGUGGCCAGAGAUCAUCAAAACUUACUACAACUAUAUGAAGUGAAGGCAGUUGGGGCAACAUUGGAAGUCGUUUUUGAGCUCCCGAGAGGAGGCGAAGUGCUCAAGAAAUUAUACUCGGAGCGAGAUGCAAGUCGCGUGCUGCAGCAAGUGGCUUAUGGACUUCAGUUUCUACACGAAAGAGGUAUUGUCCAUGGAGAAGUAAGGCCAGAGCAUUUGCUCUUUAGUGACAAUGAGCCAGAUGCGCGCGUAUUACUCACGGCUUUUGGACGAGCAGCUCCAUGGAGGCUCCUGACGCUGCGCUGCCAUCCUAAGACAAGAGGCUUCCUUUGGAACGACGUGCACCACAUUCGGUUCCUGCCACCGUUUCUACUGAGACGGAAGAACAGAUAUUGUCAGAAAGAUCUGAUCGACAAGGAAUAUGAAGGUAAAAGUCUCGUGGUCAACUGGAGAGAAGCUCAGCAGGUCGACAUUUGGGCACUUGGCGUCACUCUUUAUGUUAUGCUGUGUGGCUCUCUUCCUUUUAGCAGCGUAGACGAACAAGACAACAGUGUUGCUGACAUUGAGCGACGAAUAAUUCAGGACAAACUGACGUUUCCGGUGAACGGGGCUCUACUGAGUCGCGCAGCGAAGGAUCUGCUACAUCGAUUGCUGGCCAAGAAUUCGGAUACUGCAAUGAAUAUGAAUGACGUUGUUGCUCAUCCGUGGCUCAAUGGAGCGGUAGCUCCUGCUGUCAGCUGGAGUGCCAAGAUGUUAGCACAGCACGACGUGUUCAAAACGCGGUAUGCUGAAGAAGUUGCAGCUGUUACGCAUCGACCAUCAGGGUCGACUAUCUCGGUCUCUACUGUUUUGGAUGUCGAGAAUGAGGUGGCAAUUGCACCGACAAGUAAAACCAGCACGCUGAAAAGGCGAGAUAAACCCCGAAGCAUUGUACGUGGCCGUGUUGCUGUUUUGAAGCGUGACACUCUUGAGAUGGAAGUCAAAGAAGAAGAAGAAGCUCUUUCGUCACUAGUAUCUACGCAUGACACUCAGCUUCUAUUAGAUGAUGAAGCACAGCAGGAGCGCCCUAGUACUGAUUGUUACAUGCGUCUCGCUAGCCUUGAGAUGGAAGGACCGAACAUGACCACCAACAGUGACGACGAAGACGUCGUAGCUGACCCCGAGAUCAGCACUUGCCGGGACGCCGUCCUUGGAAGCAGGUCAAGCAUUGGUAUCAAUACGGGUGGUCAUGGCAAACAUAUAACUCGCGAGAAAUCACUUGACAAAUUGAUGCAGGUACUGCUGCGUCAACGUCGCUUCUUGUCCAAGUCACUGAGUAGCGGCUCUAGCAACGACAGGUCAGAAAGCGUUUUGGAAAAGACGGGCAACGAUAGUCAAAUUUGA